AUGCAGCUCCUGUUCGCCAUUCUUGCGGCCACCGCCGUCCUCGUCGCUGCCCAGUCCGGCAGCUACGGGAGCACCAUUGACGGCUUGAUCUCCCAGGUCCCUUCAUGUGCCUAUAACUGCCUCGGGGAAGCUGCUGACUCCUCCGGUUGCGGCCUGAGUGACAUCCGGUGCAUGUGUGGUGGCAUUUCCUUGGUCUCUGGCCCUUCCUUUACUUGUUUAUCCAAGGCUUGUCCCGCCGAUCAACUUGCAAGUCUUAACUCUGCUAUCAGCAAAGUCUGCACCGGCCUUGGCGCAGCGGAUCCUGCCGCUGCGAAAACGGCGACAAGCAACGACACUACACCCGCGACCACAACAGUCCCUUCGUCGUCACAAACAGCGGGUGCCACCCGGCUCGAGUUACAAUUGGCCAUUGUGGCCAUCUUCGCCGCCUUAUCCGUCACUAUAGUUUAA